AUGCCGCGACUUCUCCACGGGUCGCAAAGGGCAGGAGAGGAGCAUGAAGCUGAGAAGCUAACAAAGUCUUUGCCGAGAACCGCUAGCGAUUUGGCAGCGCAGUCCCUCGCGAAUCUGUGGCGGCGACUGUUUCAGAGUUACGUCCACUUCACCCAGCCGGGAUGCUUGCCUUUUGUUGCCGAUGUCGCAACAUACAGCGAGGGCGUAGACAGCGUCGCCGACUCUGACACUGCACUUGACGCCUUGUGGGCUGCCGGCUUUGAUGCAUCCUCAACGCCGGAUGCUCUCAUUGUACACCUUUUUCUCGCGAACAAGCACCUCGACGCCGUUUCGUGGAUUAUUGCAUUUUGCCUUGUUGAUCGGCUGCAGCUGAGCCACUACGUACGGCAGCGACUACGGGAGCUGUCAUUCUUGCAGCAGCGCGAGGAUAGCAGCAACUGUUUUCUAAGGCUCGCCAGGGAGCACGUUCCGCAGCUACUCUUCACGGCUUACUCUCUCGCCUUCAAGUGGCAUUUGGACUACACGGUAUCGGUCAAAUAUCUCACCAAUCUUCUUCCGCACACACGUAGCGCCAGAGGACGUAUCCUUCGCUGCACGAUCAAGGAGGAGCUCGUCAUUCUUGAAACGCUCGAGUUUAACUGCGCCGUGUCGCAUGACCACUUGCUGCAGUUGAUGGAUCAUUUCUUGACAGCGUCCGAGCGCCGCUACGUGCUGCAAGUUGUUCAUAGAGUGUGA